ACGGACUUAAUAGUUUAAUUCAGAUUCGACGACAUUAGUGUUUACAGGACGCUCGAGCGGGGCGCCAAACCCGAGCGCGCGCGUCCUUUUCACCAUAUUUAGUGGAUUUAUGUAGAUCGUGAUUGUGGGUUAAAACACUUUUAAUUGUCAUGCACAUCACCAAACUGCCGUGCUCCCAAGCACUUUCAGCACUAAAACACCAUGAGCUCUAUAAAUGACAUACAUUGCUGAUAAGUAACGUAAACGCUUGCCAGUUUCUCUUUUGUUGGUCUCUGUAGUACAACAGUAGGAGGAAUAAGAAAAUGACUGCAGAACAAUGACAGAAACAGGGUCGUGCAGUUCUGUGAAGCCAACCGACGACGGCAGGAAGACAUGGUCUUUUCGCAGAUCCACCAUAGCCAGGAGGGCUGUGCUUAUGGACCCUGACAUACAGGAAACUAACGCCGCUCCGGCCCGGCGCAGUGGCCGCCGCAUCAAGCGCACAGACAAGCUGCUGCAGUUUCUGUCAACUGCAAAAAGGGGCAGAGGGGCUAGGAGGCAAGCCCCCCUGUGCUUGGAGCACUGCCAGUCUUCUACCCAGAUAGUAACCGCUGACGCUAAAAGCACAUCUGAGCCAAACUCCCUUGAAGGUCACAAAGCCAAGGGUCCUGGGGAGACCUCCACCAUCAGAAUGACUGCAGAGAGGGUGACUGACCAGAGCAGACGAGCCAGGUGUGUUUCAGGCAGUUAUAGUAAUAGCACAGACACGGAAGACAGCGAUGAGUUGACAUUAAAAGAGCUGCAGGACCUUCUGAAGAAGCGCAAGAAGGGUGAGACCAAGGAAGCAGCUGGGCCCGGUUCAUUAGUAGUGGCAUAUGAGCUGGAGAGCAAGAGACCGGAGGAUUGUGUAGGGGAACCUGAUUCAGUGCAGCAUGCUGGUGGACGGGUUCCCAGAGGAGUGACUGCAGAGGCCAUGCUGACUGAGGAGGGCCCACAGUCAAAAAUGGGAGGAAAACCCAGCAGGUGGAGAAAGAGGAGUGAAGAGCAGGAGGAAUACAUGGAGGAAGAGGAGUCUAGUCAAUCCGAUCCUGAUGCGCUUUAUUGCAUUUGUAGACAAAAACACAAUGAAAGGUUCAUGAUAUGCUGUGACCGCUGUGAGGAGUGGUUUCAUGGUGACUGUGUGGGCAUCACAGAGGCAGAGGGACGGCAGCUGGAGGAAAAUGGCGAGGACUACAUUUGUCCCAGUUGCACAACGCAAACAAUACUUCCUGAUGAUACAAGUGUCCCAUCAGCCAAUGCCUAUGGUGGAAUUGGCGCAACAAUAAAUCAGCCAACCACAGAAAUAACUGGGCUACCCAAGUGUAUUGGACCAGGCUGCAGGAAAAAUGCGUUGCCAGACUCCGUUUACUGCAGUAGUGACUGCAUUGUCCGACACGCUGCAGAAGCUAUGAAGAAUCUGACUAACAUGAAGGAGCCCCGACUGAGACUGAAGCCAGACUUAAAAGUGCAGACUAAACUGGCACAGGGGAACACUGCCAAGGACCACAAGAGGUCUGUCCAGCGGAGGCGGAUGAGUCACGGAGAGACGUUCAGCAAAGCAGAGGAGAGACAUGACUUAUACAGUGAUGAGGAGUGGGUGGAGGUGGAGCAGAACACGCCUAACUGUUUCACGGAGCAUCAUGAAUACACAGUAAAGCUAAACAAGACCUCUGCAUCUUUGUCUGAAAGGGAACACGCAGAAGAAGAGUUUAAGAAGGUGCCUGUCUGCACUCAAAAUCCAUUCAUAACUGGUUCCCAGUCUGCUGAGGGUAGCAGGAAGCUCACAGCCCAGGAUGAUGGUGUGACUAGGGGACACUGGCAGUCACCUGGAAACAGUACUGGUGCUUCCCAGAAAUGCGCUCCCCCUCCUGCCAUGAAUUGGGAAAGCCUGGCUGCAGCUCCGGGGGACACUCCUACUUCUCAGCUGUCGGCUUCACUUCCCUCGCACUGCCCUGUCUCCAGGGUGCUGAGUUUCAGCAGGGCUACCUACAUGAUACCAAAAAAGCAUCUCCAUCUGCCUUUCUGCAGUCAGCAGCUAACCAACACUCCGAUACCCUCCAGCUCUCUCUCAUCCAACGUGACUCGUCCGCCACCAGUGUCCCUGGGUUUCCCAGUUCUUUCCAGGCCCCCCCAAACCAACGCGAUGAGGCAAAAUAUCUGCCGCUCUUUCACAGAGAUCUUGUGCAAGAGGGUCAGUGACAGUGAUGACCUGCAAAUACCUGAGAGUGAAAUGGAAAAGCUUGCUCUUAGUAUUGAGAAGGAAAUGUUCAGCAUCUUUCUUGAUACAGACAGGCACUACAGAAAUAAAUACAACUCACUUAUGUUCAGCCUGAAGGAUCCUAAAAAUAAGAGCCUGUUUUAUCGUGUUGUUAAGGGCGAAGUCUCUCCUUUCCUCCUAGUGAGGCUGAGUUCUGAGCAGCUGUUGUCUGUAGAGAGAUCAGGACAUGAACCUGGGGAGGAACACAAGGAGUGUUUAUCAGUUCCUGCAGACAGCCAAAGCGUGGUUGGUACUACCUUGGACACUCACUGUAGCAUGGUGAAGACCUCCAGUGCUGAGUGCAUGAAUAAUCCAUCUGACUGUAACUCCAAGAUCAGGGCAGAUCAGAUGCCAGAUGAAGAGGAGCCAAACAUAUCCAAGUUCUCAGUAUCUUCUGUUGCUCAGCAAUUGGACGUAACUGUAGAGCAGGACAGCUGGCCUUCUGGUGAACGAACUUCAGAUAUUCAGCCAGCAAGAAACAAACCUGUCAUCGCCCCAAAGGAUAUCCAAACCACGAUCACUUCUUCAUCUUUAAUUAUGUCUUCAACCGCCAUCAGCCACCCAGGGCCAUCUUCUGCCACAAGUCAGGAGCUGAGUCCUGUUGGCAAUUCAGCGCCCUCCACCAUUUGUACCGCCACUGAGUCAGUGACUGAAAUCAAACCAGUACAGUCCCUGAAUACACACUCCCCUCUCUCUCUUUCCAGAUUCUCCCAGCUGAAUCUAGCAUCUUCACCUCACUUCACCUUUGAUUCUUCCAUCAGUAUGGCAGACACAGUCACACCCCAGAAAAGUGACACUGCUCAGUUUCUCUCUGAGCAGCAGGUUCUCUGGAAAGGCUCUGUCAACAUGCACACUGUCACCAGGUUUUCUGCCAAGGCUUAUUUGGUCUCUGGAUCUUCUGAGUACCUGGAAAAGAACUUGCCGUGCUCUAUACAGAUUAGUGGGCGUAUCUCCCCUAGCACAGUGUGGGACUAUGUGGGGAGGCUAAAGGCAUCUCUGUCAAAGGACUUGUGCCUCAUUCGUUUCCGCGCAUCAGUGGGAGAGGAGGAAAGGGCCUAUGUCUCGCUGUUCUCUUAUUUGAGCAGUAGAGGACGCUUCGGUGUGGUGGCCAAUAACAGCUCGCACAUCAAAGACCUCUAUAUCAUUACACUAAAUGCCAAAGCCCCCAUCCCCUCCAAACUAUUACCUUUUGAAGGACCAGGACUGGAGUCAAGUCAUCCUGAUCUUCUUCUUGGGCUGGUCAUCUGCCAGAAGCCAAAGUGCUUUGCAGUCCCUUCAGAGAGCAAUGAUAAGAUAACAAACGUUAAAAUCAUUGCAUCAGAAGAAGCUGCUCUUCCAGCUCAACAGCCUGUUCCCAGAUCUGGCAUGAGGCAUGGGAACGCAGAGCUGCUUGAUACCAAUGUGUCCUAUACAAGUUCAGAUUCCUCGGUCUGCAUUCACCCCCCUGUUUCCUUACAAAGUUCAUUUAUGACAUCACCAGCUGUGGCACAGCCAUCAUCUGUCAGGUCACCUUCUGAUAGUAGUUUGGUCACAAUUUCUCCAUCCUCCACAUCUGACGUCUCACCAUUCUCAGCUCCCCGUAAUGCACUAUUUUUAAAGCAAAAGCUUGAUGAUAGUGCCUCAUAUCAUGGCUCUGCUGUUGAAAUCAUAAAACCUAAGGUCUGUGAUCCAGUAGAGCAAAUAUUUGAUCAGAUUUGCAAAGGUGAGGAAGAUGAUGAUGAUGAAAAUGACCCAGAGAAAGAGUAUAAUACAGGGAUGGACAUGAAUGAAAUCAGGAGUAAUAGAGACAGUGUGAAUGAAUUUGCAGUGAACCAAUCUACUGAUGCUUCAGCUGUCAAUGUUGACGAUGGAGCCUAUGACCCAGAGAAUGGAAGUAUCUUUGAGGAACUGCAAAGCCUCACUAGGGACACCACAGCCCAAGUGAUGAAUUCACCUGACAGCUCUAGAAGUGACUGCUCAGUUCUGAUGGAAAAAAAGAAAAUGCUGGAGAAGCUGAACAAGGAAAUUGAAUUACAGAAACAGCAGCUGGAAGAGCAGGAGGAAACACUACGUCAACAGAGAGCAGCCAUUGGCUUGUCUAUGGCCCAUUUUUCUGUUUCUGAUGCUUUAAUGUCACCACCUUCAAAGUCCUUACAGUCAAAGAGUAGGCUGGUAGGGCUAGGCGAAAACACAGUGGGACUACUGUCAAAGCAUUCAGCAGCACUAACAAUAGGCAGUAUAGGUAGUUCUAAAAAGAGUGAUAUCUUGCACGAAACCACAAAUACAAGCCAGAUAUCCCAAUUUCUUCCAAAAGAGAGGACUUGUGCACAGGCAAACGUUUCAUGUGCAUACAGAUCAGAAAUAACCAUACAGCCUUCAUCACAGGAAGUUUCUUUCCUUGAUACCGAAAAUACAGAAAUGUGCAAUCCAUUGUUUCACAAGAAAGAAGAUCCUCAGAUGGAAAAAGCUCCACCUCAAAAACAUGUCAUUAAAGCUGUGAAAGAUGGAAAAAAUUAUAGCGAGGAUGAGAUGCAAAGUAAUUCAUAUGUCUUUUGGGAAAAUUCAACACACAUUUUAAAUACUUUAAGUCCGAAGUCCCAGACUACUUCUACCUUCAUGCCUGACACACAAUCAUCACAGCUUCCUGGAGUCACAAACUGUCUGGGUGAUAAUCACAACCCUGAUAUUCCAACUGUGGGACUGGAAAAGCAUGACUUUGGGAGCACUUGGGAAAUGCCAAAUCCUAUAACAUUACAGUCUCAAAUGGAGCAACACAAAGUACAGGAUGAAAGUGACCAGAGUGGGCCCUCAUAUAUAUACCCUCCUUUCCAGAACGAUUUGAGAGACACUCAACAGCAGUCUUGUAGUUCUCAAAAAAUUGUAAAUAGAUCCAUCAUGGGACUAAGAGACUAUACCAAAUGUGAACAUACAGACCAAAGAUCACCUUCUCAGAAAAUGAGACAGAUGGACCGUCAUUCAAGAGAAGCUACAGAAUGCCAAGAGCCGUCUCCGAUUUUUGAUGGGCAGAGACAUUCAUACCAAUCAAGGUUUAAAAAACCAAGAUCCAUUGUUAAUUAUUCUAGACCUAAUGUCCCUGUCCAGUCCGUUAGGACUCACCAGAACAAUUCUGGUAGUAGGGACCCUCAUUUUCCUGAUCUAAGAGUUUUCUCUUCCUCUAAUUUAAUGAGUCAUGAGCCUCGAAAGCCUUUGUUAGAUACACCAAAAGACAUUGAGCUUCAAUAUCCUAACCACAAAAAUCAUUUUCUGAAUGAGAUGGAAAAUCAAAAUGUAUAUGAAUCCUUGUGCAUGAGCAGAGAAGCACAUAUUUAUUCUCAAGAACUUUAUAGUGGGUCGGCUCACAACAUGAGUGACUGGGCUAACGGACCAGUGCAUCGUCCUUUUCCUCAAAGUCAAGAGAUGCCCUCCUCUCAACAUAGAGGGUUCUUUAGAGAUUACAGAGGGUUUCCCCCUUCUACACUUCAAGUGAAAGUAAGUCCUUCAUCCUCACAAUGUAGUGGUCCUCUAAACCAGCCCACUAAUCAUUUUUCAGGCUCUACUGAGCAAAAACAAUUACAUUUUCAGCACCAGCAUAUUCCAUUGGAAGCAAGACCAACACGGCGGUCUGGCCCUUUACUUCCUACUCCUCCUGAAUAUUUAAUUCAGAUACCUAAGCACAAUGGUCAGAGUUCAGGCUUUUAUCAUCAAGGCUACUGUAAUCGCUAUCCUGAUGUGGGGAGAAAAAGCACUUUCAGUAACAAUUCAGAGUUGGGGAACAAUGGAAUUAGGCUAAGGAGAGUGAGCAGAUUUCAGAGUGGCUGCCAUGAAAAGGAGAGUUUUAAGUAUUCUGAAGACUGGAGAAGAGGUCAGGGUGGAUUUGACCUCAAUGCAUGGACGACUGAUCUAGAAGUAGAUAAACCAGGAGGACCAGAAAGAUACCAAAAGAGAGACAGCAGGGGCAGGACAAAAGAUGAUGAUAUGAAGAGGGAAAACUAUCUCAAAAGGCAAGAAAAAGGAGAUCGAGACAGAGACAGGAAUAGAGAGUGUGACCGAGACUGUGAGAAGGACCGGAACAGUGCACAUAAUCAGUCAAGAAGCAGAGACAGGGACCGUGGGAAACAUCUUGGACAUGACCGAACCAGAGGUCAUAGACAGGACAUGAAGAGAGAUAAAUACUUAGAAGUAGACACUGAUGCUAUGUUACUAAAGAAGAGAAAAAGGAAGGACCUGAAGUAUGAAAGUUGAAAGAAGAAUUGGGGGCCAGAAACAGAUUACUGUUGACAACAUUCCAGUAUCUCGAAAAUUUGUGUAGAUGCUAAUUGAUAAUGGACAUAAAUUAUGCACAAGAACCUAUAUAAUUAGGAAUAGCUUCAGUUUGUAUAUUUUUUUGCUGCACGUUGUUUGUCAAAAAGUUCUAAUUUCAUUAUUUUAUUCAUUUGCUUUUGCAAAACAUGAAUUUUGAUCGCAGUGGAGGCGCAGAAUACUUACAAUGUAGACUUGUAAUACAUCAGAUGAAAUGCAGUAUUUAUACAGCACUGCUUAAAUAAAUGUCUAAAUAAACAUUAUAAUACUUUAAAAUUA